CAGGCAUGUAAAAACCAAUGUAAACAAAUGUGCUGUAAAGUUUGACAGGACAAUUUUUAUCUAGAUAUUGUACAUUUAAAGAAAGAACAAAUUUAAUUAAAAAAAAAAAAAAUGCUUCGUAUUUUAACACGAAGUUUUGUAAAUCUAAUUAGAAAAGAUUGUCUUGCUACAGAUUAUAAACAAUCACGUCAAUUUUCAGUGUCCAGGUUGUCAUUUCAAAAUGAAUCAAAAGAGCCAUCAAAAUCCAAGAGAAAACAAAAAAAUAAAAAUGAAGAUGAGGUCAAAGAAUUUAUUCAUCCACGAGAAGAGUAUUUUAAUCAUCGAUCAAAUGCAAUAAAACAAUUAAUAGAAUCAGGAGAUGAUCCUUAUUCCCAGGACUUUAAAAUAACAAUGACACUUCCAGAAUUUAUUAAUAAAUUUAGUCAUCAAGUUAAUAAUAAUGAAAUUUUGGAAAAUCAAGUUCACAGUAUUAUAGGAAGAAUUAUUUCAGUAAGAAGUGCAAGUUCAAAGCUAUUUUUUUUCGAUAUCUAUGCUGAGGGUAAGAAGAUCCAGGUUAAAUCACAAGCAAAUCACUACGAAGAUGUUGAAUUAUUUAAAAAAGAUAAUGAUAAAAUUCGUCGUGGUGAUAUUGUUGGAAUUGUUGGUGUACCAACAAGAACAAAAACUGGUGAAUUUUCAAUUUUACCACGUAAAAUAUCAUUGUUAAAUCCAUGUUUGCAUAUACUACCAAAUCCCAAUAUUGGACCAAUCAAUAAAGACAUAAGAUUUAAUCGUAGAUGUUUAGAUUUAGUAUUUAAUAACGAUGCUAGAAGUAAAAUAAUUACUCGAUCUAAAAUAAUAUCUAGUGUUAGAGAGUAUUUGGAUAAACUGGGAUUUUUAGAAAUUGAUACACCAAUGAUGAGUGCUAAUCCAAGUGGAGCUAAUGCCAAGCCUUUUGUCACAAAACAUAAUGAAUUUAACAUGGAUCUAUUUAUGAGAGUUUCUCCUGAAUUAUAUCACAAGAUGUGUGUUGUUGGAGGAAUUGAUCGAGUAUAUGAGAUUGGUAAACAAUUUAGAAAUGAAGGUAUUGAUAAAACUCAUAAUCCUGAAUUUACAACAUGUGAAUUUUACAUGGCAUAUGCAGAUUACAAUGACUUGAUGUCCAUCACUGAAAAUAUGCUAUCAGAAAUGGUCAAAAAAAUAACUGGAUCAUAUAAAAUUCAAUAUAAUCCAGAUGGUCCAGAGAGUGAAUCAAUUGAAAUUGAUUUUACUCCACCAUUUAAAAAAAUUCCAUUGAUAAAAACACUUGAAGAUAAACUUAAUGUUAAAUUACCAUCAGCAAAUGAGCUAAAUACAAUUGAGUCAAAUAAAUUUUUAGAUGAUUUAUGUAUAAAGCACAAUGUUAAAUGUCAAUCACCAAGAACAACUGCAAGAUUACUUGAUAAACUUGUUGGUAAAUUUAUAGAAAAUAGCUGUAUUAAUCCAACCUUUAUAAUUGAUCAUCCAGAAAUUAUGUCACCACUAGCAAAAGGUCAUCGUUUUGAAAAAGGUUUAACUGAAAGAUUUGAACUUUUUAUUAUGAAAAAUGAAAUUUGUAAUGCUUAUACAGAAUUAAAUAAUCCAUUUAUACAACGAGAAAGAUUUGAACAACAAACAAAAGAAAAAGCUGCUGGUGAUAAAGAAGCACAAGCUGUUGAUGAAGAUUUUUGUACAGCACUUGAGUACAGUUUACCACCAACUGCUGGAUGGGGAUUGGGAGUUGAUAGACUUACCAUGUUACUCACAAAUUCAAUUAGCAUCAAGGAAGUUAUACUUUUUCCUAUGAUGAAGCCAUAUUCCAUCCGAGCAAACAAGACAUUUUGAUAAUUUUAAAUUAUUUUAAUGAAAUUUAUAUUCUCUUUUUCAUUAUGCUGAUAUUUUUUUCAUGCUAGUUUAAAUAAACAAUGUACAAAAAAUUAAAAUUAAAAUAUUUUAUAAAUUAAAAAAAAAAA